UGGAGUUCAGAAAGACAGAAAACGUUUAUACUUUAUAUAGGUUUAGACGCUGAUUAGACAUGGUAGGUAUGAGUAUGACGAGCUCUAAUCGGCUAUGUCGAGUCCAGUGAUUCAUUCUAAUCAUUCCAAUCGUGUAACGCUUUUCGUACUCCCUCGAGAACUUUAUUUAGGGCAUUCAAAUAACGCUGAUGCUGAAAGAUUGCGUCCUGGCCGGCCGGUGACGUGACACUUGUUAUCGACGAACAUCGCUUGAGAUAAGCUAGGAAGUAUACAGUCAUCGGAGAUGCUGCUGCGGAUAUAUUCGUUGUGCAUCUUGGCACUGGAUCUCAUGACACUCAUCAUCGGAGUGUGCUACACAAUCCUGAUUGCUAUCUGCAGAAUGUUUAGACCACCGCCGUUGAAAAAUCUCAACUAUGAAGUGGCCAUGGUCGUAGGUGCAGGACGUGGGAUAGGCAAGGAACUUGCUCUACAGCUUUGUCAAUUUGGUGUCGUGGUUGCUUGUGUAGACAUUAAUGUAGAAACUUGCAAUGUUACUGUGCAACGUGCUCAACAGAUGCAUGGAAUAUGUAAAAGCUACCAGUGCGACGUGAGAAAUAAAGAUGCGGUUGCUCAAAUUGUAAAUCUUAUUAAGAUCGAAUUAGGAAACAUUACAAUGCUUUUUCAUUGUUGCGGUUUGCCCAGUCCACGUGCAUUAAUACAAGAAUCAUCAGAAGUAAGAGACACUAUAGAUUUAUCAGUCAUCAGUCAUUUUUGGUUGUUGGAUUCAGUUUUGCCAUGUAUGCGACAAACUGGUAAAGGCCACAUUACAAUCCUCUCCUCCGUCGCUGGUCUUUCCAAUGGAUCGAGCGGUCGAGGAACCCGGGUUCCCUUAUCUACUGCGCAAUUUGCAGUCCAAGGAUUAGCAGAAUCCUUACAUAUGGAAUUAAGACAUUCAAAUAGCAACAUCAUCGUUUCAUUGGUUCACGUUUAUCCAUUUGUCGUUGGAACGGAAGUUGCAAAAGAUAUACGUUUUAGAAUACCGAGUUACUUUGGUACAAUGUCUGCUGCAGAAGCUGCUAGACAAAUUUUAGAUGGUGUUCGCCGAAACUACGUGGAGUUUAGUGUACCAGGAUACUUGUUUUAUCUCGGACAUGUACUUAGGAUUCUUCCAAAAAAGGCGUCUUUUAUGUUGCGCGAUUUGUUAGAUACUGGAGUUGACUUUGCAUAAUAGUAA